GAAAUAAGACCGCUCCCCCGUCCACCUGCGAGAUCUGAGUCCUGCGUAGUGAGGCAGACGGGGCUGUGGGUCGUAUGUCACAGACUUUUUGAACGUGAAACUACUCUGCCGUGAAGACAUUAAGCAAUAUUAACUUUCAGCUUUUUGUGCGGCCGAUACAUUCUUCAACGACCUCACACCAGAGAGUGACUAAAGAUGCAGUAUCUCAGCCACUAUCCAGACACCCCCAGCAAGGAGCAAAGACACAGGAAAUAAGAGACUUUAGGAAACGGCAGGUCCUUAUGGUUGAGGUGGUGUGUGGUGCCCCUUGCCAUGCCUCCUGCCAUGACAGACCUCCUGGACAUAUGGGCGGCCCACUCGCCCCUGGCCGGCCACGCUUUGGACCAGAUCACUGUGGACUUUCUGCUGCCCACCGGUAUCUACAUCCAGAUGGUCGUUCCACGCGAGGCCACCAUUCAGCACAUCAAACUGCUCUUAUGGAAGCAGGCUCAGUCACACCCACUGUUUUCCUCUCUGGGCGAGAUGGAGAGCCACAUGUUCGAGUGUGUCAACCAGGCAGCCGUGCACGAAGAACUGGAGGACGAAACUCGCAGGCUCUGCGAUGUUCGCCCCUUCCUGCCAGUCCUAAAGCUGGUGACGCGCAGCUGCGGCCGAGCGGAGCGCUUGCUGGACUCCAAAAUCGGCGUGCUCAUUGGCAAGGGUCUCCAUGAACUCGAUGCCAUUAACGACCAGGAGGUGAAGGACUUUCGCAGUAAGAUGUUUCGUCUCAGUGAAGAGCGGAUGCAACAAGUCCAGAUGAUGACAUGUACAGAGUGGCUGCAGGCCUGCUUCUCCCCACAGCUGGAGCCCCUGGCAGGGACGGCUAUCACCGAUGGGCUCAAUGACCGGCCAGCUGACCUGAAAGUCAUAAUCCACUUCGACCAGUCUCAAGACUCAGCCAGUCUGAAGGUGCCAUCAUCCUGCAUCCCGUCUGACCUGAUGGAGCUGGCCGUGAAGAAGUGGCUGACCACCCACGCGCCUGAGGAGGAGGUGUGGCUGGGUCAGUACAUACUGAGGGUCAGCCACUGUCUGGAGUUCCUCUGUGGAGAACAGCCCCUGAUUCAGUACAAGUACAUCCGCACAUGCAUGCAAGCCAAGGAGUCUCCACACCUUACCCUGGUCCACACCAGCACCGUCAAGGGCAUGUUCGACAAGGAAAUCUCCGCCAUCAGAGCUGUGGUUUCCCGCAAGUCCUCCAACCCACCUUUACCACUACCUCCCAAGAGAAGGGUUCCCACGCAAUUGCAGAAGUAUGUGUGGGACGUGUCAAGCCCGUUUAAGAUAGUCCUAGUAAAUGGCAGCAAGGUGAACGCGGAGGAGACUGCCAAGGUCCAGGUUAGGGCGGGGCUCUUCCACGGCACGGAGCUGCUGUGCAAGCCGGCGGUGAGCAGUGAGAGCAGCGGACGCUCGGACCACACGUGGAAAGACAGCACGCUGGAGUUUGACCUCUCCGUCUGUGACCUGCCGCGCAUGACCCGCCUCUGCUUUGCCAUCUAUGCCGUCAUGGACAAAGUCAAAAAGCAGAAGUCUACCAAAAAUGCUCACAUAAACAAGUACCAGACCAUCCGCAAAGCAGGGAAAGUGCACUACCCUAUAGCUUGGGUCAACACUAUGGUGUUUGACUACAAAGGGCAGCUGAAGACCGGAGACAUCAUCCUGCACUGCUGGUCUUCCUUUCCUGAUGAACUUGAAGAGAUGCUGAACCCCAUAGGAACCAUUCAGACCAACCCGUACACUGAGAACGCUACAGCACUGCACAUCCACUUCCCAGAGUACUCGUCGCACUCCAUCGUCUUCCCUCCCUUCGACAAGAUACUGGAAAAAGCUGCAGAGAUCGCUGGAGCAAGUGACUGCGUACCCAUGGGCCGUGGGGGUAAGAAGUUCCACAUAGAGCUGAAGGAGAUCAUGGAGCGUGACCCGCUUUCUCAGCUGUGUGAAAACGAGAAGGAUUUGAUCUGGACACUACGCUACGACUGUAGAGAGAAUUUCCCCCAGUCGCUGCCCAAGCUGCUACUCUCCGUCAAGUGGAGCAAACAUGAGGACAUGGCCCAGCUCCAGGCCCUCCUUCAGAUCUGGCCCAAACUGAGUCCUAGAGAUGCUCUGGAGCUUCUGGACUUUAACUACCCUGACCAGUAUGUCAGAGAAUAUGCUGUGGGCUGUCUGCGUGAUAUGAGUGACGAGGAGCUGUCUCAGUACUUGCUACAGUUGGUGCAGGUGUUGCGUUACGAGCCCUACUAUGACUGUGCCCUCACCCACUUCCUGUUGGAGCGGGCCCAGGGUAACCGCAAGAUAGGACACUUCCUCUUCUGGCACCUACGGUCAGAGAUCCACAUGCCAGCUGUUUCAGUCCAGUUUGCCCUCAUGCUGGAAGCCUACUGUAGAGGCAACAUCCCUCAUAUUGAGGUUCUAAAGAAACAGGUGGAAGCCCUGAGUAAGCUAAAGUCAGUGAACGAGCUAAUUAAGCUGGGGACUAUCAAGAACGCUCGAAGUAAGACCAAGGAGGCAAUGUUGACCAAGGAGGCCAUGAUGACUUGUCUGAGGCAGAGUGGCUACUCAGAGACUCUGUCAGACCUGCACUCCCCUCUAAACCCCAAUGUCCUGCUGUCUGGCAUCAAUGUGGAGCGGUGUCGGUACAUGGACUCUAAGAUGAAGCCACUCUGGAUUGUUUAUAACAACAAGCUGCUGGGGGGAGACACCCUGGGAAUCAUCUUCAAGAAUGGAGAUGACCUAAGGCAAGACAUGUUGACCCUCCAGAUUUUGAGAUUAAUGGAUCUUCUAUGGAAGGAGGCUAAUCUGGACCUCAGAAUCGUACCGUAUGGUUGCCUAGCGACAGGUGACCGGGCAGGGCUGAUCGAGGUAGUCUCAUCAGCAGACACGAUUGCCAACAUCCAGCUGACCAGCAGCAACGUGGCAGCGGCGGCCGCCUUCAACAAAGAUGCUUUGCUCAACUGGCUCAAAGAGAGGAACACUGGUGAUGCUCUUGAUCGGGCCAUCGAGGAGUUCACUCUGUCAUGUGCAGGCUACUGUGUAGCCACCUACGUCCUGGGCAUCGGAGACCGCCACAGUGACAACAUCAUGGUCCGCAGCACCGGACAGCUCUUCCACAUAGACUUUGGUCACAUCCUGGGCAACUUCAAGUCCAAGUUUGGCAUCAAGAGGGAGCGUGUACCAUUUAUCCUCACACACGACUUCAUCCAUGUCAUACAGCAGGGCAAGACGGGAUACACAGAAAAGUUUGGCAGUUUCCGUCAGUACUGUGAGGAAGCCUAUUUAGUCUUGAGGAAGAACGGGAACCUCUUCAUCACACUGUUUGCCCUCAUGCUGACUGCUGGACUGCCUGAGCUCACCUCAGUCAAAGACAUCCAGUACUUAAAGGACUCUCUGGCUCUGGGUAAAACAGACGAGGAUGCGCUAAAGCAGUUCCGCCAGAAGUUCGAUGAGGCCCUGAGAGAGAGCUGGACAACCAAAGUCAACUGGAUGGCCCACAAUGUGGCCAAAGACAACCGCUCCUAGAGCAGCUGAGAGCCAACAAAGGCCAGGGGCCAAGAGGACACCGUCAAGGAGUGCGGGAGGGGGAAAGGUGUGCCAAGGAGACAGGGUGACAGCCACCCUGAUUUAAAGAAGGGAAUCUAGCAGAAUUAUCCAAACAAAGGCAGAUUCACCCCCGUAUACUGUACAUACAGAGUUAACCUACUCUCCGAAACAGUUCAGUUACCAUGCACUCUUACUUACUGCAUCCCUCCUCGCCUUGCAUCACUCUGGCAUGGUGCCUCCUGAAAAUCCAAAUUCAUGGUCUUUUGACAUUUCAGUGGAAUCAUGGUGGGUAAAGUCGCUGCAAGUUUUGCACAGGCACAGCAACAGCUGAUAGAACACACAGCCAAAGGAAGGGAACUGAAGCACCCACUCUGCCCACACUAAACUGUCCCUACGGAGCGGGCUGACAAAAAGUCAUGUUUUGGAGUAGAUGAAUUUUGUCAGACGGACCUAAAACUCAGCUUGUAUGGACUCUAAAGUGGCAUGUGGUUUGACCACGCCCCAGAACUGCUUUAAGUACAGCCGAGAUAACCGAUGGGUGCGGAAAGGGCAGAAUCCAAAAGACAAAAAUGCCUGAUCCCGAUGUCUUAAAACAAUGUGCACAACGCCCACAGGAAGUGCAUCUUAAGACUGGCUCCCACUGCCUCAAAGUGUGCCUCAAAACUGCGGGAAGAUUGUAUUUUUUUAUGAGUUUUCUUUUUUCUUUUCGCCAUUUAAGAAUUUAUAAUGAGACGUCUAUGUGCCAGACUACUUUACUAGCCCACAGAGAUUCGGGAAAUAAUAAUGAAAGAGAAGGAGUGAUUAGAGAAAAGGAUGCCGUGAGCCUUGUGGUCCAUUGUUUGAAUCUCAGUUAAUUUGGACCAUUGAACACUGGAAUGUUUAAAAAGAAAAUUUUCAAAUCGUCUUUUAAUGAACUAAACACUUUAUUUUUUUAGUUUAUUUCAUUUUUGAAAUGACAACGUGCAUUGUUUCUUUCAAAAUUUUCAAAUCAAGAGCAUUGUUGGACAAAGUGUUAUCAUCUGUGAGUUAUCACUAGCCAACCUGUCUUAAGGUCUAAAAGGAUGUCAGCCUAUUGAAGCACCAUCCCACUCCUGCUAGCACCCAUGACAAAUAUACUCACUGAGGAAUAAUAACUGAUGCUUUUAACAUGUUAGGACCAAACAAAAAGCAACUGUUAAGUAAUUUCAUUGUUUAUACUGUGUUUUUAAUUAUCUGUGUCUGAAUUGAAUGUGAAAAUAUGUGCCGCUCUCUUUUUUUUUUUUAAGUGUAUUUGUUUUUAUACAACCAUGUUUGGGCGGAGUUUGAGGCUGGUGUGGGCGGGGUUUAUUAGUAGGGACACUGCGAUGCAAAGCUACUUCCUCGUUUCGACAUACCAUGCUACUCAGCAUCUGUGUUUGAUUUUUGUGCAAUAUCUGAGUAUAUGAACCAUAUCUUAUUAUAUAAACCCUUAGGGCCAGGCCUAAGCCUAUAAUGGUUUUUCUCUGUUGGUUUAAGUGUGAUGCAGCUGUAUUUCACACUAGCCACUAGCCUUCAAAAGUCUCAGACACUGGAUAUUGUCAAAUGUACAGGCUUUUAUUGUUUUGCUGGUUUUUGUUUUCAUAGGAGUUUUAUUAAAGUUAUUUUUCACCGCGCUGCAUUUCCGCCUGCAGUCCGUUUACUUGUUCUAGAUGUGGGUUGUGAGAUUGCACCCACUCAGGGUAGCCCUAUGGAUUUUAUAGAGA